GGAUAAUAAAAAGCGAGGGUCGUCUGAUAUAUCGGAGAAGAUAUCUGUAAAUCAGAAGGGUCGCAUAAAAUGGGUGCUUUAAACUUGUCAUCUCCAACACACUUCCCUUACUCUCUUCAGAGACUCUCCAUUUUAUCCAAUUCCAUAUAUGCCCCUUCCCUUUCUUUCAAUUCCCUUCCCAGCCCCACCGCUCUCUUCCUCUCCGCAUCCUUCAAGCACAUAUCGCCGGCGAAGCACCGCCGCCGCGGCCUUAUCGUCUCCGCGCUGCAGAAGUUGUCGGAUACUGACUCGGUCACGGUUUCCUCCGAUUCUGAUGGAAACUUCCCGACCAAUUCCGGUGUUUACGCCAUUUACGACAGUGGCGGCGACCUUCAAUUCGUCGGGAUAACGCGGAAUCUCGCCGCCAGCGUUCUCGCUCACAAGAAGUCCUUGCCGGAGCUUUGUUCCACCGUUAAGGUUGCAGUGGUAGAGGACCCUGAUAAAACUGCUCUAACCGAAGCAUGGAAAGCAUGGUUGCAAGAACACAUAGCAGCUACUGGGAAGGUUCCACCAGGAAAUGAACCCGGGAAUUCAACGUGGGUGAAAAGGGCUCCGAGAAAGAAGUCUGAUCUGAGGUUAACACCAGGCCGCCACGUUCAGCUGACAGUGCCUCUGGAGGAUCUCAUUGACAGGCUAGUGAAAGAGAACAAAGUGGUUGCAUUCAUCAAGGGUUCAAGAAGCGCCCCAUUGUGUGGGUUCUCACAGAGGGUCGUGGCGAUUCUUGAAAACCAAGGGGUAGAUUACGAGACCGUUGAUGUGCUUGAUGAAGAGUAUAACUUCGGUUUGAGGGAGACGUUGAAGAAUUACAGUAACUGGCCUACAUUCCCUCAGAUUUUUGUUAAUGGCGAAUUGGUUGGGGGCUGUGAUAUACUGACCUCCAUGUAUGAGAAAGGUUGCCUCGAUUGUAUACACUGACAAAUUGUCAAAAGACAGAUGAGACAUAUACCAGCAGCCACGAAGGCUUCAGACUAUUGUGCUAGAAGUAGUCAACAUAAUUGACUCUUGAUUUGGCAUGGAAUUUUUGGUGUCCUAGGACCCAACAACAUAAAACAUCCUCGACCACUUAAACAUCUUCAACGAUGUUUUCAACG